CUGAAAAAACCUAGGCAAGAAGAAGAAGCUGAUUUCAAGAAAAAAACGAGCACAAGGAUGGUUAACAGUGCUUUGGCCCUUCAGGUUCUCCCAUUGGUCAUUCUCCUUGGGACCACAUGUUUGUGCGCUUCCCAAGUUUCCCUCUGGGUCCACCAAAUGCAAGACAAGGAUGAUGACUUUGAAUACUAUGACUCCACGGAACAGGAGCAGGACCCCAGCCUCCAGCACCAUUCCUGGGAGCAAGUGAGCUUUAUUGAGACAUCUAUAGGUGACUUCUAUACCAUGCCAGACCCAUGCCUCUCUGACCCCUGUAAGAACGGUGGUAGGUGUGCAUCCAGUGGAAGGGACUUCAGCUGUGCCUGUCCCAAACCAUAUGGUGGAACCACAUGUGAAAAAGUGGAGGACAUGUGCCUGGACAUGAACUGCCGCAUUGGUGACUGCCUGGUUCUAUUAAGCCCUCCUUAUUUUCGGUGCAGCUGUAAGCCUCCGUACAAGGGAUCAUUCUGCCAACGCUCAUCUAAGCAGUGCAGUCCCAACCCUUGCAAAAAUGGAGGUACCUGCAUACGGAACAGAAAGAGAUCAAAAUUCACCUGUGAGUGCCCUGAACUUUUCAGAGGGAGAUUCUGCAAGAUCGGACCAGAUGAUUGUUAUGAAGAGGACUCCUCUAACUACAGGGGAAGAGUGAAUCAAGCAGUAGAUGGCAGGACCUGCCUGAACUGGAAUUCCCAUCAUCUCUUGGACUUCCCUUUUAAUGCCUUUAUGGAGAAUGCUGACUUUUAUGGCAUUGGUGAUCAUAAUUUCUGCAGGAAUCCUGAUGAAGAUGAAAAACCCUGGUGCUAUGUCAGAAAAAAUAAGGAAGUAGAUUGGGAAUUCUGUGAUGUUUCACCCUGUUCAGAUGUAGAGCCAACAGACCCACCUGAAUCAAAUGAAAUAUUUGAAACAUGUGGACAACCAGAAGUUCGUGGAACACUCAAGAGGAUCUAUGGUGGAUCCAAGGCUACAGCUGGCAAACAUCCCUGGAUGGCAUCUGUGCAGAAAAAGACUCCAGAUGGGAGUGAACAUUUCUGUGGUGGAGUGCUAAUUAAAUCAUGCUGGGUUCUUACUGCUGGGCACUGCUUUGAAAACGGGAAAGGAAAUAUCCAAGUAGCCCUUGGAAAGCAAAACCUCAAGAAGAAAGAGCAUCAUGAGCAAAGAUUUGAUGUGGAGAAAAUCAUUGUACAUGAUGAAUACAGCGAUAGAGGUGGCAUCCCAUACAAUGAUAUUGCACUACUUAAAUUGAAGCCAGUUGAUGGUUACUGUGCAGUGGAAACAAAAUAUGUGAAAACAGCCUGUCUCCCUAACUUCUUCUUUCCCACUGGGACUGACUGCUUCAUUUCUGGAUGGGGCGAGACAGAGACAGGUGAAUCAUCUGAUCAGCUGUUAGAUGCCAGGGUCAAGCUAAUUUCACAGAGGAAAUGCAAUGAACGUGAACUACAUAAUAACUCACUGGAUGAGAGCAUGUUUUGUGCAGGAAAACUUCGAAAACCCGGAAUUGACUCUUGUCAGGGGGACUCUGGAGGCCCAUUGACUUGUGUGGAAAACAGCUCCCACUACGUAUAUGGCCUUGUGAGCUGGGGUGAUGGCUGUGGGUUAAAAAACAAGCCAGGAGUUUAUACCCAGGUGACAACAUUUCUCAGUUGGAUUAAAUCUACAAUUCAGGCUGAGUCGAGGUUACGUCAUUAGGAGAGAAUGACAAACGGUUUGAAAAAGACUGAAGAACUAAUUGUGAUCUUAAUACAUCCUGCUAAUCUAGAGCAAAUUCCCUGAUGUCUGCUAGAAGACCUGACCUUGGCUAGUCAGUGAUAACUCUUCUCCCACUGGACUUUGUCUCGUUCAUAUUUUUGUAUUCUCUUAGGUCAAUGGUGCCAAUAAUCCAGGAACAUAAAAUUCUCCAAAAAUUAUAAGUAUGGAAUAAGAUUCACACAAUUUAUUCAUUACAAAUUAUUUUGUAUUCUACCAUCCAUGGUACAAAGCUGAGCCUGCCAGUCACCUAGUACUAAUUUCAUUUACAGCUUCAAAUAAAUAGCAGAAUCUGUAAUACAUACAGUGAUAAAUCAUAAAGUAUCCACACAAAAUAAAAUUAUCACUUAUAAAUUGCAGCAUUUGGGUUGCAUUUUAAAACAAAAAGUUUUUAAAUGCCAUCUAUUGUGUUUUCCAGAAAACUGGAAAACCUACAGGAUUUUCAGGAUAAGAUGAAAAUCUAUUUAUGUUAUGUCAUGUUUCCAUUUACUUCUGAUACAGCUGCAUCUGCCUUCUCUUGAAUUGCAGAAUUUCUGAAGCAUCAGGGUUGACUGCGACUUGCUGAGAUCUUUCUGUCUCCAACUGGUCCUGUAAAAUCAUAUCCAAAUAGAUUGUGAAACCAGCCAGUGGACAGAAGAGGUCUUUAACUAUAAUUCUAUAAAAAUAUUUGCAUAUUAAAAAUUGCCACAACUGGCAAAUGAACAAAAUCUAAAUCACUGCUCUGCACUGAGCGAAUUUCUACGGUGGAGAAGUGCAAAAAGUGGAUCUGUUCAUGUAAGUUAGAUACCACACAUACCAAAGGACUAAAUGUGCUCCUGAUUUCUAAUUUGAGCCUAAAUAAAAAGCAAACCAGAAAACACCUGAGUUCCACAUGGACUGCACACCUGUAGGUUUCCCUUGGACCAUCAAAUCAUUAUCAUACCCAGAACUUAAGAAGAUACUGCCUGUAGUUCCCUCUGCUUGCAUUACUCAACCAUAGUUUUCAUUUAUUUCUUGAGUAACUUUUCAGAUGGAAAUGCAAAUCAUGGAUACCCACUGUUUCUCUUGAGCACGAUUAUUGUUUGACUUGUUUCCAAAGUUAAAAAUUAAAUGAAACAAGUAUUUGAAAUGCA